AUGGAGCCAGCAGGACCACACUUUGUUGGGGGCCUUUGGACGAUAAUGUGUGAAUGUGAGUCCUUGCUUGCGCUAGGCUGUCAGCUUCUCACCCUCCGCAUUCUCGACUCUCACCCUGCGUCUCGGCGUCGGUCCACUGACCCGAGGAAGCCAGAAUCAAAUGGAGAAGAUAGGGGGACCGUUGCAGUGAUCCCAAACGCGACUUGGACACGUAAAGCCGGAGGGGAGUGCAUUCGAUUGGGAAUGAAAAGGCAUACACAUGAAACCGUAACGUGGGGAACGAUCUACUUCAGGGGACGGGAGUAG